AAUUAUCAAUGUGUUAAAUAAAUUAAAUGAAUAAAAAUUUAAAUUUAAAAAAUUAAAACCAUAAUUAAACUUCUCUCAAUAACAAAUGAAACCAACAUGCAUUUUACAAUGGUCUUAAAGGUCGCCUCUUGCGACCACAGAGAUUUAAAAGAAAAACUACAAUUAAAAAAAGCCAAAUCGGGCAACAUUUCCGUUACAAAAAAAUCGAAAGCGGCGGUUAGCCAUAUUUUUCUGUGGACCCUGAAUGGCGCCCUUCUAUCCUUCCGUAUCUCUAUGGUGAAACCUCCAAGUAUUUGACGUGGGAGCUUCAUAAAACCAAUUCGAUGUUUAACCCGGAAGCUGCGGCACAGGCGUAGCUUUCUAUGACGCAUGCGCACCUUGGUGUGUGGCUUUCCUUACUUCAGAGGAGCUUCUUGUUUUUCUCCCCUUGUGGAAUUCUUGCUGUUUAAUCGUCUAUGAUAAAAUGGAGCUUUGGAGGUUUAUGGAUGGUAAGGAGAGGCUCGUGCUGAGAAGCCCAGGGUUGUAGUGCUUGCUUUGUAGCCAGCACUGCCAUACUUCAUCAUGAACCGUGGUCCACAACUGAUCACCUUCACUCGUGCCCAGGAGGAAUCAGAUCUCUGGAGAGAUGGACAUGUCCAGAAAAAAAGCUGCAGAGGAUCCCUUAUUGCUGCCCAGGAAGAAGGCAACACAGCUGGGGAGGCAGCUCGCACCUUCUAUGAGAACCUGCUGGCUUCUGGUGAUUUUGAGAGAUCCUUGCAGAGGAAGCGAAAGGUGCCUUAUGCACAUCAACCAGCACAAGAGGCUCCUCGCACUCAGAGCCACCAAGGAGAGACAGACACCCGCAAAGGGAAUCAGCUCUUGAAAGCUGCCCAAGAUGGCAAUCUGAAGUCUCUGCGGACGCUGGUAGAGAAGGAAGGGUGUGAUGUGAAUUAUAGAGAUAGUUAUUAUUGGACAGCUACAAUGUGUGCUGCUUAUGCUGGAUGUGGAGAGGCUGUGAGGUAUCUUCUAAGCCAUGGUGCUGCCUGGAUCGGGGUUUGUGAGAUGCAAGGCCGGGAUGCUAUGGAUUUGGCAGAGGAAGCAGGACAUCAAGAGGUGGUGGAUGUCUUACAGGAAAGCGAAAGGCCCCGGGUGAAGGAGGAGUCUUCCAGUUUACAGGUGCCAACUGAGAGAAAAUACUGUGCCGUGUGCCAGACACACUACAGCGAGGACACUGUGGCUCUCCAUGAACGCUCCACUGCCCACCUUUUCAGUCGGCGUGACCCACUUCCCCCCACUCGCUACCACAUUCCCGAGAACAAUGUGGGCUUCCAACUGAUGGUCAAAGGUGGCUGGGACCAGGAAGCUGGCUUGGGGCCUGAGGGCACUGGCCGCAAAUUCCCUAUCCAGACUGUCCUCAAGCGAGAUCAGAAGGGCCUGGGCUUCUGCAGCAAUCUCAAACCCAAGGUUACCCACUUUGAUGCCAAUGACCCCAGUGCUGUGGAGCAACCCAGAGAUCAGCGACCCAGGGUGGAACGAGCAGCAACAGUGGGGAAACGGGAGGCCCGGCGUAGAGAGGCCAAGGCUAAAGCCUGGGAACGCAACCUUCGUACUUACAUGAAUAUUGACUUUUGAACUCUUACUAGACAAUUAGAACCAUGUUGCCUACAUAACCAGCUGACUGUCUGUUUUUUGCCAAAUUGGAGGCAUGGAAGUGGACUGGGGAAGAGGGAAGUCAAAUCAUGGAAGGAAGCAAAAGGCUCCUUCCUCGUUGUGGCCAAUAACCAGGAAGGGAACCAGAGUGAAAAAUCAUCCUGUGCGCCUUUUACAGUAAGGUGGGCUUAUAGAUGUAGCUUUAAACAUGGAUCUGUAGAUAAGAUGGAAAAGUGCGUGGUCAGGGGUAGUCUUGCAACAUCUUAAAUCCAGAAAAAUCAACUUGACUCUCACAUAUGUUGAACUAAGUUGUAAUGUUUGCAACAGUCCUAGGACUUUUGUAAACAGGUCAGAGGUAGUGAGGGAAAUGGGGAGCUGCUUCCAAGUGAAGCAUUAGGCCUGUGUCCAUUUUGUCAUCUCUCCUGCAUUGCUAGGCCAGCUAACAAAUAAAAUGAUUCUAUUCAGUCCACAGAGUUGUUGGAAACAUAUCUCAAGGAGACCCAGUUAAAGCUCAACUUGAGUUCUGCUCGUGCAUUAAAGUAUGCAGUUCAAUGCAAUGUAUACACAGAUUGCUGAUUUUAUUUAUUGAUUGCACAGUGGGUAGCAUCCAAUGUACUGCUGACCCAACAUACACCAGUGCAAAGCAGCUUCUCCACCCCCUCCUCCCAGCUGGUACUCUGAGCUUCCGGAACAGCUGUUGCUGAAAGUUGGGGGGUCUUCAGUGCUGGCAUGGGAUGCAGUACAAAGGGAUGCAGGGGAAGAGAGGGGUACCUGGAAGUCAUGAAGGGAACUGCUAGAGGAUGCACUGCUCGGCUUGUGGUUUAGAGUUGUCACGUCCAGUGCCAUAUCCCAUGCUAUUUCUGAAGAUCUCCCAAUGCUCAGCAAUGGCUUUUGUGGGUGCUCAGGGAACUCUAGUAAGGAGGAGGAGGGUACAAGAAAAAUGCCUUGUCCUGAUGCCAGUUGUGUUGGCAGUAGUUCAGUGUGCAUUGUAAAAAAUUAAAAUACUAUUAUUGGAAAACUUGAUGUUAAUAAAGCAUUGGAAGACUU